AUGUUUCUGUCACUUACUUUAAUUUCCGCUCUAGGCGUGCUCGACAUCGUUAACGGAGCGCCAGUCCAAAACGUCGCGGGACGUCACCACCACCACGAAUCGGUUGAAAAACGUGCUGGUACCUGUUCGUUCCCAGACCACGACGGCAUGGUUGCCGUGCAAAAAAAUGGCCAAAACGGUGGCUGGGCAAUGCACAGUGAUCAAACCUGCUCACCGGGCACCUGGUGUCCAUAUGCCUGCCAACCAGGUCAAUUGAUGGGUCAGUGGGACCCAUCAGUAACAUCAUAUUCCUACCCAGGCUCUCAAAACGGUGGUUUGUAUUGUGAUUCCAACGGUAAUCUGCAAAAACCAAACCAGGACAAGGAUUACUGCUAUGACGGUGUUGGCACUGUUUCAGCUCAGAACAACGCUGACCAGAAUGUUGCCAUUUGUCAGACCGUUUUACCCGGUAACGAAGAAAUGCUGAUUCCAACAGAUGUCGACGCCCGCUCAAACCAGCCAUUAGCAGUACCGGGGCCAGACUACUGGGCUUCGACUGCAGCACACUACUACGUUAAUCCACCAGGAGUUAGCGUUGACGAUGGAUGUGUGUGGGGAUCCGAAUCGAAUCCAUGGGGUAACUGGUCACCAUACGUUGUUGGUGCAAACCAAGACAGCAACGGUAACACAUUUGUCAAAAUUGGGUGGAACCCAAUUUAUCUUGACAGUUCAUUCAAGAACACCAAACCGUCAUUUGGUGUUAAGGUUACCUGCGACGAUGAAUCUCAAUGUAACAACCUACCAUGUUCUAUUGACCCAAGUCAAAAUGAUAUCAACGAAGUUAACUCAUCGCAAGACUCCAACGGUGCUGGCGAUGGUGCAUUCUGCGUCGUUACUGCAAUGAACGGUGCCAAGGCAAAGAUCGAAGUCUUCAAUGUUUGA